UACAUGUCAGUCUGGUGGACUUUGCCGUGAGUGUUACACGCGCGUGUAUGUAACAACGUUACGGCUGCAUAAACUAGCCUGCCAGCGCCUGCAGCAUUGCGUGGGUGCAGCUGAGUGACAGGGGAGUGUGCGUGUGCGUGCCCUCCCCCUGGCCUGCGUGGCCCGCCCGCCCCACCACCCGCAGCGGCCGCGUGCUGGUUGGACCCUAGGGAGGCCCUAGCCCCUGGGCACGUCGUCCCGGGCCGCCCGCCUUGCCACGCCCCCGUGUACCCCGCCACCCGCGCCCACAUGGCCGCCGCUGCUGCCCCGCCCGCGCCUGCCGCUGCCUGACCCACAUGCGAGUAAACCCUCCGCCACAAUUUUGCUGUGCUUGUCGCUGUUGCUGUGCCAUGCGGGAGCCCACCUUCGGGCUGUGGUAGUGUGGGACAGUGGUAGUGUGGUGACUGUGGUGACUGUGGAGAAGUGCAUCCUCUCAGCCAUUGCCAAGGUGGGAGAGCCACCGAGAACCACCGGCGGACCUGAUGGCGGGGUAAGCGCUAGCGCGCCCUUCCUUCGGCCGCCGCCAUCCACCUCCUCCUGUGCCCGCCUCCAGACCAUGACGAUGACCACGCCGCCCUAUGCACAGCCCCUCGGGUACCAGCAGGCCCCGCAGUACAAUACUCCCGGGUAUGGCUUCCCGCCCAUGUACCAGGGGUCCUACGGCUACCACAUGGGGCCCUACGCGCCCGUGCAGUGUCCCUCGCCGCCCAGAGACGAUGCGUGGUACAAACACUACAAGCACGAGCUGGACGGGGUGCGGGUCAACGGCAAGGGCAAGAAGAUGAGGAAGCCGCGCACCAUCUACUCCUCCCUCCAGCUGCAGCACCUCAACAAGAUCUUUCAGAGGACCCAGUACCUCUCCCUGCCGGAACGCGCGGAGCUGGCCGCCUCCUUAGGGCUAACCCAGACUCAGAUCAAAAUAUGGUUCCAGAACCGGCGGAGUAAAUACAAGAAGUUGAUGAAGGCUGCUCAGACUGGAAGCGGGCCCAGCACGCCCAUGGGGGCCCCCAUCACCCCGGGAUCACCCCUGGCAGGAUCCCCGCUGGAGGGUUCUUCGCCCCUCGGGCAGCCCCUCCCCUCGUCAACCCCGCAGAGCAUCUCACCGACGCCGCCCGCGGCCCAGAGCCCCCCCUCUUCCCAUCCCUACACCAGCAUGGCCGCCGGCAGCACUCCUCACGGGGCCUCCUCCCAGGGACCUUCGCCCUCGGGGUCAUCUCAGCAGCAGCAGCAGCAGGGUCCCUCGUCACAGACUCCGUCACAACAGUCGUCACAGCAGCAGCAGUCCAGCCACAGCUCCUCAUCCCAGGCGGCGACGCCCGUGGGAGAACAUCUGCCCCCGUCGCUCCCUUCUUCCCUUCCCCCCUCGGCCUCUUCCCCCGGGCUGGCUGCCCAUCCCUGGGGAGACAUGAAGCCCCCCGUCACAAUGCCCUACAUGUACUCUUGGUACAACGCCGAUAACCAGCACAACCUCCUGACUUAGGUGGUCCCGACCCACCGCACCCAACCCACCCACCCCACCCGCCUCUGCCAGGCCAACCUCGCUCUCCCCGGACCUGAAGCUCCGCCACACGGCGCUGUCAUCUCUCAUGGUGACACUAAGGGAGACUCCUCCUCAGCCAGCCGCUCCCUCGCACGGCUGCUGGGCGGCGCCACGUGUGGCUCACCAUCGGCUGGGACUCACUGUCACCUUUACCAAAGAUUCAUUAGUAUCGUACCUAAGUUACCUUGACCUUCUGGAUGACAGUGCCCAGGACAAUCGCCGUGCCUGCGAUGGGGAUCCUCAGCAAUAUGGGGAAGGGCAGAGGCUCCGCCGAAGCAGUGAAGACAGUGACCAGAGCAGUGCCGCCCUGGCGAAUGAGUGGAGCUGAGAAUGCUAAGUGACGCAACGCUCGGUGAGGUGUAAAGUAGGGCGCGCGAUGGCGGAAGUGAAGGAUAACAUCGGAAACUGUUUUCGCUCCUCCGUCACUUCUUGUGCAGUGGGUGGAGGCGAUCCUGGCCAGGGCGAGAACCAACUAGACAAAAUAAGAGUGUAUCCAGCUUUAAUAUUUAUGGAGGAAGAUCUCACACACACACACACACACACA